GCCUCGCACAAUGGGCCAUGGAGUUCCCGUUCGAUGUGGACGCGCUGCUCCCGGAGCGGAUCACGGUGCUGGACCAGCACCUGCGGCCCCCGGCCCGCCGACCCGGAACCACAACGCCGGCCCGUGUUGAUCUGCAGCAGCAAAUUAUGACCAUUGUAGAUGAAUUGGGCAAGGCUUCUGCCAAGGCCCAGCAUCUUCCUGCUCCCAUCACCAGUGCAUCGAGGAUGCAGAGUAACCGCCAUGUUAUGUACGUGCUCAAAGACACUUCAGCUCGACCGGCUGGAAAAGGAGCCAUUAUUGGGUUCCUCAAAGUUGGAUAUAAGAAACUCUUUGUACUGGAUGAUCGUGAGGCUCACAAUGAGGUAGAACCACUUUGCAUCCUGGACUUUUACAUCCAUGAGUCAGUUCAGCGCCAUGGCCAUGGGCGAGAACUCUUCCAGUAUAUGUUGCAGAAGGAGCGAGUUGAACCACACCAACUGGCCAUUGACCGACCCUCACAGAAGCUGCUGAAGUUCCUGAAUAAACACUACAACCUGGAGACCACAGUCCCACAGGUGAACAACUUUGUGAUCUUCGAAGGCUUCUUUGCCCAUCAGCAUCCUCCAGCAAGGAAGCUGCCGCCCAAGAGAGCAGAGGGAGACAUUAAGCCAUACUCCUCUAGUGACCGAGAAUUUCUGAAAGUAGCUGUGGAGCCUCCUUGGCCCCUAAACAGGGCCCCUCGUCGUGCUACACCUCCAGCCCACCCACCCCCCCGCUCCAGCAGCCUGGGAAACUCGCCAGAACGGGGCCCCCUCCGCCCCUUUGUGCCAGAGCAGGAGCUGCUGCGUUCCCUGCGCCUCUGUCCCCCACACCCUACCGCCCGCCUUCUGCUGGCUACUGACCCUGGGGGCAGCCCAGCCCAACGUCGCCGCACCAGGUAAUAGAGUUGGAGGGUUAGGGAGCCUCAGGACUGUCAGAGAGGGUGUUAGAAAUGGCAGAGGGCAGCUUGAAUCCAUCAGAGACAUGAAGCGAUAGGAUAAGUGGAUUGGAAAGUCCUGAAACCUUUCAAGAAGAAUAUAUUGGAAAAUAUUUGUGGGAGUGGUCUAGAAAUAAAUUACAGUGAAGGAGCUGAACAGGACUUUAUAUGGAGUCUAGGGACUCUAGUUAAAGUGAGAGUUGGGAGGAAGGGUAAGAAGAACACAGAUCCAUUUGUUGGGGGGAGACUGAGCCUCUAAGAUUGGGGAAAUCUUGCUUUAAUACUUGCUGGGAAGGGGCAGUAUCUCUGACAGUUUAGGGAGCCACUGACCCCAGGUCAGGGCCUGUGUGGCAGGAGCCCAUCCCAGCAAGCAGAGUGGGCAUCUCCUUUAUUUCUCUCCCUAGCUUUUUCUUCACCUCUGACUUCUCUGUUUUUCUCUCUUCCCCAUUUUCCCUCUCCCUUCCUCCUGUCCAUAACAUCCUUCCACAGCUCCCUUCCCCGCUCUGAUGAGAGUCGAUACUGACAGACAGCUAACCCCCUCCCCUCCCUGGGAGACCUGGGGUGGGCAGAGACCCCUUUCCCUGAAAACCCCAGACCCACUCUUCCAUUGCAUCCCCCAGGAUCUCAUGGAACCUGACAGAAUCCACAGGAUUCCCUCUUCCCCUUUCCUGGACAGCUGGGUUGUCAGGGUCCCAGAUGACCUAAUACUUUGUAGUUUUUCUUACCAUAGAAAACACCCCUUCUCUCCUAACUUGGGCUCUGAACACUCUCCCAAUAGACAGCCCGAUUCGCUGCCAGACCCCUUGGUUGGGUGGCUCAUACUAAUUAUCCAGAGAAGCACACUCUUGCUUGCUGUCAGAUUCUAGAACACUGUGGAAGGUCCAAGGACCUCCUCUGCCAGGGAAACCUUUUAAGUCUUGUCUAUGGAAUAAUUCACAUAUUCCCUCUACAGUGUCUGCUGGUGGCUCUAAUAACUGUUUUGUGCUGCCUACCACACUUACCCUUUCAGCCUGCUGAUGCCAACCAAUGAGCUCUGCUUCAGAGCAGUCCAAUUAAGUAGGACAGGGACUUACCAGCUCCCCAAAGAGAUCCACUCAACAUUGCCAAACUCUUAAUUUCCACGUUUUGUGUAUGUGUAUGUAUCGAGGAACCUCCAAGCCAAUGUCUGCUUUGGGGCUCUAAAGACUUGCCACACUUCUAGAGACACCACCACCUCCCCCAGAUCCAGAUUCUAUGAAGGAGUUGGUUUCUUGGCAGUAGAUCCCAGCAAGGACCCUGGGAUCACUCUUAGCCUUGUUUCAGAAGAUAAGCCUGAGUCUCAAGGAUCUAUUAGCUCCUAGAAUCCCCUCUCACAUCCAUCCCUCCCCAGUAGCUAGAUGCUGAUAAUUUCCUGUCUUGUGAGAUUGUCUUGAGAAGAUGGGGGAACUCUUCCUCUGGCCUUCCUUUCUUCUUUCCUCCAUAGCAAGAACCUUCUUCCCUGCUCCAUACCCAGGGUAUAGAACAAACCCUUUCCCUCGCUACCCUCUGAAUAUGUGGUAGAUCAGGUACCCCCACUGCCUACUGUGUUCCCCCAAAUCCUUGGGAGCAGGAUCUCCCUCUCUCCCAACUCACUCCUUUUUCUUCUCCCUCUCAGUGUUGUCUGAAUAAAGUGUGAAUUCUUUUGUGUUUUUUAAAUGGACAUUUUCAAUGAAAAAAACACCAAAAAAACCUUAAGGUCUCAGCCUCAUUUGUGCGUCACCCCUUAUUUUCCUGGGAUCUCAGGACUUCUGUCCCCCUCAUCUUCCUCUGAGAUCUGUAGAUCUUCCAUCAAGGAGUCUCUGAGCUCCCCUUGCAGGAUCUGGUGUCUGCCCAUCCCCAUUUUCAUUGGUAGAUCUCCUGCGGAUUCUGUCUCCUCUCAUGUAGUCGCUGGAUCCCUUUGUGUAGGCUUCUAUAGCUACUCCCCCAUUCCCUCCAGAAACCUCCAGCUCUCCCCAGUGACUUCUACCCCUCACCCCAGGCCAGCGGUUGCUGAGAUGUCAAGAUUUACCAUCCUCUCUGGGAUCCACUUAUUAACUGCCUCCCAACUCUUCCCUGGAUUCCUCUUCCCACUCUGAUUUCCUGCCCUCUCUCCCACUAAACCCUUGGAUCUCUCUCAAGACAAUCCCUUACUGGGUUGAGAGUCUAACACAGACAGUUACCUAUCCUCCAAAGGCUCCCUUCCUUUUCCUCCUAAAUACGGCCUUGCCACUCCCUAUUUGCCUUUGGCCUGAGGUAUCCUAUAAUUAAGGUAACCAUGUUUUCCAAACCAAACAUCAGGGCACCUGGUCCAACAAAUUCUUUUUUGCCUACAUGUGAGUCUGUUUUUAUGACAUGAUUUGGAUCACAUUUAGCCUUACUUUUAACACAUUACCUCAACUAGAAAUAAUAAAGCAACAAAUCAGGACUGCUCCAGAAAAUCCUGGGGUAUAAAAUGAGCUCCCUCCACUUUUCUGGGGCACAGCUUAGAUUAAACUCCCUUAGGAAUAAUUACCCCCUCCUCUUUGUUCCUUUGCUAUUCCUUUUAUUCAUCUCCUCUGAUCCCUCCAUACCCACUCAUCUUUCAUCCUGUAGCCUCCUCCCCAUCAUCUCCCAUUUCUU